GCUCCGCGCGCGUCUCUCGCCGUGACCGACCGUUUCCCUUUAGGCUCGAGGAUCGCUCUUUACUCUGCGCCGGCCUGUUUCCUUUCUCUUCUGCAAAGGAUCGGCGCGCGGAUGGAUCCCGGCCGCGUUGCCUUGCUGCUGGCGCUCCUCUCCUUCUGCGAGCCGCCGGUCGAGGCGACGACCGACGCCGACGACGAAGGAAACGGGACUCACGUGAGAGUCCGGUGGAUGCGCCAGCGGAUCGCCGCGUCCCAGUUCCGGUGCUUCCAAAGGAUCGCGAGAGGAUCCCGUCGUAAAAUUCACGGGAACGGGACCGACAUAAAUCACUGCAACGCCACGUGGGACGGAUGGCUGUGCUGGGAAGACGCCGAACCUGGACCCACCGAGCAAAACUGCCCAGACUACUUUGACGAUUUUGACACACGAGCCGUGGCGGUAAAGGUCUGCACGGAGACCGGGGAGUGGGCGCGACACCCCGACAGCAACAGAACGUGGACGGACUACACCGGCUGCAAACCCAACCGGACGGACUGGACGCCCACGGCCAUGACCCACUUCUACUUGAUCGUGAUCGGUCACGGACUGUCGCUCGUGUCCCUCCUCCUUUCCUUGGCCGUCUUCUUCUAUUUCAAAACUUUGAGCUGCGAGAGGAUAACUCUUCAUAAAAAUCUUUUCCUUUCCUUUGUCUUGAACUCGGUGAUAACCGUGACGUGGUUCUGCGUCAAUAAGGAGAAUUCGCUCGGCAGCCAGGGCAGCUGCAAGAUUCUCGCCUUCCUCCAAAUGUACAUCAUGAGCUGCAACUACUUCUGGAUGCUGUGCGAAGGCAUUUAUCUGCACACUCUGAUUGUCGUGGCGGUGUUCGCGGAGAAACAGCAUCUCGUGUGGUAUUAUCUUCUCGGAUGGGGUUUCCCCCUCGUGCCAGCUGUUAUGUAUUCGGUCGCGCGCAUCUGCUACCACGACGACGAAUGCUGGGUGAGUUCGACGACGUCCCUGCUGUACGUCAUUCACGCUCCCAUCUGCGCGGCGCUCGUGGUGAAUUUCUUCUUCCUUCUCAACAUCGUUCGAGUCAUCGUCACCAAACUGCGCGUCACGCAUCGGGCAGAGUCCAGCCUGUACAUGAGGGCGGUGAGGGCCACCCUCAUCCUCAUCCCCCUGCUGGGCAUCCAGUACGUCCUGCUGGCCUACAAGCCCCACGACCACUGGAUCUCAGAGAUCUACCUUUACGUCAUGAACGUCCUCAUGCAUUACCAGGGUCUCUUGGUGUCGACGAUAUUCUGCUUCUUCAACGGGGAGGUCCAAACUGUUCUCAGGAGACAGUGGAAUCUACUGCGGAUGCAGUCGGCCGGCACCUUCGCCAACCCCGAGUUCUUCCGCUCGGCGUACUAUGUGGCGUCGUCGCUCACCGAAGUCCACCGCUGCUACAGUGUCGAGAGCCACACCGAGCACGUGAACGGCAAGAGCUACUCUGACAUAUUCAGGUCGGAAAGCCCUUAAAUGUAAGAAAGGAGGUUCUGCUGAAUCUUUCAUGAGUGGACAAGCAAAGAGAAAAACAAAAAUAAAAAAAAUAAGAAAACAAACGAAAAAGUUUGGAGUCAUCAGACUGGACUUUGGAGCGUCGACUCUCAGUGUUGCAAACAUCGAGGGAAAACGGAAAAAUGACAACCGAAUGGAUUUUCUCAUGUCGAUCCACGUGGCGUUUCUAUACACUGAAGUUGUUACGGAUCUUUUAUUUUUUUUGGGAUGUUUCGCCCCUUGCGUUUCGUCCACUUGAAUCGCUUUAAUUGUACCUUCAUUCAAUGCUGGACAAACGAGUUUGAACCGUCGAAACGCCGACGGGAAGCCACCGACGCCCGGCGCUGCGACCUCUGACCUACGCUGUUUCCAGCCAUGAUCCGUGAGAUUUUUCUGCGUCUCGCCCAAGACGCUGGUAUUCGAUGUUUUAGAGUGGCCUCCGAGCUCAUUGGUUUUGGUUCCCGUUCCGAAUCUCUCGACACGACGAAUUUCUCUUAGUCCUGGAACGGUUUUCCGGAAAAGGGAGCGCCCGCUUCCUUGGAUGUCUGAAACGGAGGAAACCCAUCGUUUGUGUUUUGACUCUUUGUCCGUGUCUUCCAGUGAAACUGCAUUUUGUUUUGUUUUUUCUCACAAAUAUUGUUAUAGCCUACUUCCGUAUUUAAUCCAGCUCGUUGUUAAAGUGACCGUUUUUACAUAACGGUAUUUAAACUGCCGAGAGAUUUUCUAAUAAUACUGUAAAUAAAGACUUGUUGAUUUAAAAA